GCAUUCUACAUUUUCAAGCUAAAUAAUGUUGGUACCAUCAAAUAAUUGUUGAUUUGUUUAGUUAUUAUUAAAAGAACGCAGACCAAACGAGGGAAAUAUGUCGCAGACAUGCCAGAGAACGGAAACACUGACGAUAGAGGCUCUAGAUUUCAUCUACGAGGACGAAAUGGAAUACUUGCACCUAAAACAAGCGCCCAGAAAGGAGGAGCAAGUCAAGGCGGUGAAGAUAAAGCGACUGACUUGCAACAUAAACGGCUGCACUUACUCCACGGACCGGAGAAGAGACUUGAGGCGCCACAGGCGGUCGCAAAAGCACAUGCUGCUGGAGUCCUGCUCUGACUCCGAGUCUGAGGUGGAAUCGUCACUGUUCUCGUGCAACGUCUGCGGCUACAAGACCGCCAAACGGUAUUGCUUCGACCGGCACAAGGAGUCGAGGCGCCACAUAAUGAAGGAGCAGGAGGAGUGCGAGAAGCUGAUGGACGAGGCCGAGAGGGCGGAACCGGCGGUAAAACGCAUAAAAAGAGUAGAGGAGCCAGCGCCCGCGGAUGCGGAGAAAACACGAUACACGGAAGACAUCCUGACCACGUGCACGCCGUGUGACUACAGCACCACUCGAAAAUCUCAAUUCGAGAUGCAAGCAAAAAGCCAGGCGAACAUCGAGGUCGUGCAAAGCCAGCUGGAGGCUAAUGAAUACAUACAGUAUCUGCCCCAGGAGCAGGAACAGAUGGUGGAGCUAUCUGGGGAGUCUGGGGAGACCGAGGACGAAUACCUCGCCUACAAGAAGGAGUGCAGGUGCACCCUGGAGUGCAAGCCCUGCGAAUACAGAACGGCCAGGAGAUUCUGCUUCGUUCGGCACAUGCGAUCGGCAAGGCAUCUGGCCAAGAUUCAAGCUGACCUUGAUGGUCUGGAGGAAACUGAAGCUCUUGAGCCAGUAGAAUACUUGGAAGCGGAAAAUGAGCUGGAGGAGAUUGAUCACAGAGAGGAGAGAAAUUUUGUGGAGGAGCUUGAUAUGGAUGUUAUGGAAGAGCCAGAUGUUGUGGAGGAUAUACAGGAUAUAGAUAAGCAAAACGGACUGGAAGAGAUCAAUCUAGUGGAGAUCGACGAGGUGGUUCAAAUAGAUCCCGGCUUUGAAAUGAUAGAAUAUACAACUGCCGAAGAAAACGUUUACGAGGAGAUCGUGUACCUGACCACCGAAGACAGUCCGGAGGAUAUUUCCUACUUCAUCGCGCUGGACAAUGCAUAGAUUUGUUAAUUUCUCGACUCUUUGGUACUUUUAAUUACAUCGAAAGCCAACGAAUUGUUAAAUUACAAUCAAUGCAAUAACCAAACUUUAGAUAUUAAUGAACUGUAUAAAAGUUUUUGACUCUUGAUAAGCCAAAAUUCUUGAAUUAAGAAAUAUUUUAAAUGUAAAGAAUUGAAAAGCUAUGAAAAGAUUGUUUAUUCGUUGUUACUACGAAUAAAGAAUAUUGAUUUUGAAAUUUG